CGACAAAAGUUAGCUGAAAAGCAGGGCCAAGAUACAAAGGAAUCCCUCUACCGGCUUUCAUACAUCGUCAAGAGUAGUUGCUUUGUGAGUUAAUGAAAAUUAUGCAUGCCAUAUGUCCUCAAUAUCUAUUGAAGUGAACUGAUUAAUGCAUCGUCCAAUACGUAUUUGAAACAGGAUUUGGUUGCGGUCAAGAAUCCUAGUGAUCAUCUGUUGGAUAGGAUGCUUGAUAAUUGGAUCAAGAAAACAAGAAGUUUUAGGUACGUUAUCUUCCCAAUAUACAUGCAAAGCCAUUGGACAGUCUUGGUGCAAGAUCGUGAAGAGGGAACAUGGAGAUUUUACAACUCCUUCCGGCCAAGAAGGGGAAGGGACUGCCAUUUUGAACCAGCCAAAAAGUUGAAAAAAAUUGUAGAGGAAUAUGAGGAAAGAAACUCAAAUGGGCUAGUUAGCACACAAGAUUUCCGAGAGAUUGUAUCGGUGCGAAGCAGUCCCCAACUAAUAUCAGGAUCACUUGAUUGUGGUGUUAUUGUGAUUUACAUCAUGCAGCGAGUACUAUGGGACAAGGAAAUCGAGAGCAACCUACCGAAUGAUGAAUGUAAGAAGAUACGAGCUAAAAACCUCCACGAGUUUCUCAGCGAUGAGGAAUUGUACUCAUGGACUCAGGAAGCAAACAAGGAGUAGGAGGAUGAAUAUAAGGCACUCUCAAGCGAUAGAAGGGGACAUAGGCAUGAGUGUGUUAGUGAUAAUUUUGGAAGGAUUGUGCCAAAAUAUUUUGCCAUGUUUAAUACGGUUCGACACUGGAGAAACAAU